CUCACACACGCACACACAUGCACACUCACAACACAGCGGGACGCACACACUGCCUGUCUGUCUGCCUGUCUGUCUGCAGCAGCAGCUCCGGCGGCACGGAUCCGGUCGGAGAGGAUUCCUUCAUCUUUACGCACAACUUUCCCUCCGCUGCUCCGCGACUCCUGUGGAUUCUAACCCCGGUUCCUCGCCUCCUGGUCCCGGUUCCUCGCCUCCUGGACCCGGUUCCUCGCCUCCUGGACCCGGUUCCUCGCCUCCUGGACCCGGUUCCUCGCUCCUCAGCCCCGGUUCCUCGAGGUGUGAAGCCCGGACUCGGAGCUCCUGUCACCGGGUUGGCUUGUUGUCAUUUCUCCCGGAGCCGGAGCGCAGCAGCCUGAAGCGGCUGUGACCAGUGUCGGACUUAAUAAACCGGACCAGGUGGCAAAAGUUCACCAGGGCUCAGAGUAUGGGACCAUGUCACAGGUGUUCCUUCCCUGGUCCAGGAAUCAGGACGGCCUCGUGAGCCCUCAUCCAGGGACUCCGGCUGAAAUCCACCUGAGCACGUGCAGACCUGCAGGUCUCUGAAAAGCGAAUGAAGCAGCAGGAAGACGAAGCACCUUUACCUGAAGAAAGAUCACUCAAGGAUCCUUCUGCCUUUAGAUGAGCUGGACAGAAAAACAGCGCACAACAACAUUAGCCGGUUUACAAAAUGGCCAAAAGAGAGAAAUAUUUCUGAUGUUUUCCACCAAACCUCCAUUUAAAUGUCCACUUCCUGAUUCCUGUUUCCAGCCUGGCUCCACAAUCACUCUAUCGAGGCAAUGGAUGAGUCCUUUCUGUUUCUGUGAACUUGUCGGAACCCCUCACAGAUUAAGCUAUCAUGUCUGGUAGAUUGGGGAACUGGUAACCCUCCAGCAUCCGCCCUCCCAACUCCCCCUCCCCUCUCUUCUCACCCAAAGAAGAGCUUCAUGAAAAAUGGAGGCACGUGAAUCAGCUGCCAUUGGGCACAAGUCCUCAAGUAAGGAAGCAGGGAAGGAGAAGGUGCCUCUGCAAAGGAAGUGGGCGUCGGAACCCUCGGCAACAACCAAACGAAGCACUUUUGCCGACCAAGAGUCGAAACACCGUGAGAGUUUGCCUUGUGGUGCCACCGGGGGAUCAGCGCCUCAGCAGAAGUACGCAAUCACAGGGAAUUCUGGAAAGCUGAUAUCUGGACCCUCUGCACUUGGAGCUAUUGGAGGUCCAUCAUCUCAAGACCCCCAAGGACCCUUUGCUCAGGGGUUCCCAAGGGGAUACCCCUACCAAUUGGAACAGCCAUACCCUCAGCACCCCCAAACUGAGCGUUUCCUCUCAGGAGCCAAACCUCAACCUGGCCUAGAGCCACAUGCCUGGCCGUUUGCUGGCCAGUUGCCCUCAGAUGACCUUUACCCCGUAGGACAUCCGGGACAUUCUCACCCUCAUGGGGCUGGGAGGUUUCCCCGGCAGAAAUCUCCUAGUCUACCCAGCUCUUUUGGACAGUAUUCUCAGUCAGGCACUGAGCCUGGAGAGGAGGGGUACAGCAAAAAAGAGCUAAAGCCGAAAAAGCCCGGUAAGUACAUAUGUCACUACUGUGGUCGAGCCUGCGCCAAGCCCAGCGUCCUAAAGAAGCACAUCCGCUCACAUACUGGAGAAAGGCCAUAUCCAUGUGUACCCUGCGGCUUUUCCUUCAAAACGAAGAGCAACCUUUACAAGCAUCGCAAGUCCCAUGCUCAUGCCAUCAAGGCUGGACUCGUACCGUUUUCAGAGCUAGCUGUAGCUCGUAGUGGGGACAUGGACCAGGCGUCGCCAGCGGGUGAGGCCGAGGUUCACUCCGACGGAGAGCAGAGCACCGACACGGACGAGGAAGGUGUGGAGGGCUCCACCAUGCUGAUGGACAAAGACAGACCCAUCCCACAGAUCUCCUUUGAGGCUGACAAGAAUACAGGUGGUGUUGAACCAGCAUAUGCAGACUCGGCUGAAGAGCUGCCUGUGGGAUCUAUUAAAGUGCCUAUCCUCAUUGUCCCCAAGUCUGGGGGAGUCCCUUCCACAGGCAUGGAGUGCCCACCCUUUCAGGACAUCAAGGGGUCCCAUCACAUGUUGGGAUCACAGGUUGGCGGAAGAGCGCAUUCUCUGGACGACUCCCCCAGCAUCAAACAACGAUUGGCCGAGAGGCUGGCGGAGAAGAAGGGCCAGGACACUGACUGUGCCAUGUCCCAGUCCCUCAACCUCCUCAGUCCUCACAGCAAAGGCAGCACAGACUCGGGCUACUUUUCCCGCUCUGAGAGUGCAGAGCAGCAGAUCAGCUCUCCAAACUCUAAUGUCAAGACGUACGAGGAGAUUAUGUUUGGUCGGACUUGGUACUACCGACCCAACUCCAGAUCCAGGCAGUCCAUCACGGUGGGCAUGGCAGGGGCAGACCCAGCCAGCCUGUCUAGUUUAAAACAAUCUGGUGCUAAUCUGGAGAUGGGGAAGAUAGCUGAGGAUCAUAUCUGUUUCAGAGGGGAUGUAGGGAUCUCUGGAGAUCCCAAGCAGUAUCCAACAGGACCUUGUCAAAGCAGUACAGGCCUAUUGGAGCCUCCAUCUGAUUCUGGAACCCUAAUUAGGAGUAACUCUAUGCCAACUUCCUCCCCUCCUAACCUCAGCGUCCCACCAGGUAUUCGGGGCAGCCACUCCUUCGAUGAGAUGAUGUCACCAGAUGAUGUGUUUUACCCACAAGGGCUUCGCAGACUCCAACGACAGGCUGCGUUUGAACAUUCAGCCGCUGAAGCCCAUGUAGGAGAGGCCGAGGGCUACGGACACUUGCCCAAGAAUUUAGCUUCAUCUCUGGGUAUGAAGAUUGGCGAGCGCAGCCCAGGAGUCCCAGAGCACAUUGCCUAUAGCCCAUAUGGUACUAAAGUUAGCAUGUCAGAAAUAGCCACAAGAAAAAGGAGGAAAGAGACGAGUGUUGGGGACGAGGAGGACAGCCCUGGACAUGGGGACAGUAGCUGUAGUGGUUCAGUGGAGAUGAUAGGGGACUAUGAGUUUAAGCAGAGUAGUUUUGAUGGGUCGAGAGCACCUCCAAUAGGAAAGGGCUCUCUCAGUGCUCACAGCCAAUCAGAUAGCUUUGACACCUGUGCCAGCAUGUGCUCUGAGGACCUUGCAUUGUUUACUGAGUCUGAGUGCAGGAAGGCAGCUGGGAAUGUCAUAUCAGUCAUCCAACACACCAACUCCCUCAGCCGGCCAAAUUCCUUUGAGAAGUCAGAGUCCUUUGAGCAUCCAGGAUAUCAGUCCUCAGAGAGAGGUCCACCCAGCCAGUACUCUGAACAGUCGGACACAGACAUCUAUGAAGAUGCUCUCAGUCCUGAAUCUGCCCUACUGCCAGAGAGCAUGGAGCAGCAGCUGCAGAGUGACAGUGACCUGGCCUCCCUUUCAUCGUCGUCAGCCGCAGCCUCCCCUGGUCAGCCUUAUCACAUCCCACACAAGCUGGUCCGACAACCCAACAUCCAAGUUCCUGAGAUCAGGGUGACAGAGGAGCCGGACAAACCUGAGAAAGACACAGAAGCUCCAAUGACCAAGGAGCCAGAUAAGCAGCCGCCACAUGUCGAGGAGUUCCAGCUGCCACAGAGGAGCGACACGCUCUCCCAGAUGCCAUCAGAAAAGCUGCCACCCAAGAAGAAGCGUCUCCGUCUGGCGGACAUGGAGCACUCGUCCGGGGAAUCGAGCUUUGAGUCGACUUGCACCAGCCUCUCUCGCAGCCCCAGUCAGGAGAGCAACCUAUCCCACUCCUCUUCCUUCUCUAUGUCCUUCGACAGAGAGGAAGGCCUCAAGUCUGUCUCACCCGUCAAACAGCAGGAUGACUCGUUGGCCCCCAGUGGUGGAGCUAAGCAGUCUGAGUUCCUGACAGUACCCGGCAGUGGUCAUUCCAGCCACCACCAGCAGAGGGAGAUGAGGAGGUCUUCGUCGGAGCAGGCACCGUGCACACUGCCCACGGAGUUGCCUGAAAUGCGCAGCAAGUCCUUUGACUAUGGAAGCUUGUCGACCUCCAGACAGGGAGAGCUUUACUCCAGUGCCUCUGCGAUGAAGGAACGCCGGCGAGGAUAUCUGGUCCGACAGGCGUCGCUGAGUGUUUAUCCAGAGUCAGUUUCUCAGGAACCAGGCGGCACAGAGAUGUUGAUCAAGCAGGAGAGUUUGGAACAUGUGACUUGGUCCGGACCACCAGGAUCCCCCCACAGCAGCCCUGAUGUAGCCAGCAGGACCAAGAGAUUUAGCAGUAGCACCGGUGGUAUGGGAUCUCACCAGCACCACCAGCAUGUCCUCCAGCAGAGUAUCAGUGAGGACAGCCUGCAGGAUGAACCACUCUAUGGAAGGUCCCAACAGCAUCGUCUGCAUGCCCAGGGCUCGUCGUCUGAAGGAGAACAUCCAGGUCAUGAGGUCAUGAACAAGGAAGUGAUGAUGCAGCACUACCAGAGUGGCCCCCCCUUCCUCUCCUUCCAGCAACCAGGUAUCUUCUGGUCUCAGGAGGCCGGACAGACGCCAAGACAUCAGCCGUCCCAGCAGCAGCUCCCAAAACUCCACAUCCGAUCACCAGGCAGCCUCGCUGGACACCCACAACUCAAACACGCACCCCCCCACUCCCUGCAGCAAAUCCAUGAUCAACAGUCACACGAUGGAAAAUCUGAAAACGCCAGCUCUCCGAUGUACCCUGCCUCCUUCUCAUCCCGAAACUCUCCUCUGUCCCACCAACAGCAGAACUUUGGCUUGCUGUCCUCUAAGUUCUUGCUGCCCAGCUCCAGCAGCACCUCCAUGCUUCUGCAGCAGAUCCAACCUGUCUUUGCGACCCAGAACCUGGGAUCACAGGCCUCACUGCCCAGCAUGAUGGUUCCUGUACGGCUCCAAACCCAUAUGCCAUCAUUUGGUAGUGUUAUGUACACAAGUGUUAGUCAGCUGGUAGCUAGCAGUCCGGGCUGUGCUGACUACAGCCGCAUGUCUCCCCCGGUCGGUGCUGCGAGCACCGGCAAACCACCAGGAGGAAUUGGAGGAGGUUUCGACCUGUCACACUUCCUGGGAAAGACCGAAGGCUCCACUCUGUGCUACCCUCCCUGGAAGGUUCCAGAUUCUCUGCCGGAGCAAAGGCUAAACACAGGGAUCCCACUGUCACUAACAUCAGGAACCAUCUCCACCACAGACGCCUCGGGGUCCGGCAUCGGCGGCAGCAAGCGCAUGCUCUCCCCUACCAGCUCUCUGGAGCUCUUCUUCAAGACCAAGCAGCAGAAAAGAGUGAAGGAGGAGAGGAUGUACGGACAGAUUGUGAAGGAGAUGAGCGCUGUGGAGCUGAGUGGAACUGAGAACAGCAGCACAGCUGAUAAAGGGAAGUGCGGAGGUCUGCAAGCCCGGCUGAAGAGUGACGGCUCCAUCGAUGGUUCUGAGAGGAUGUCCUCUUCCCCACCGAGCGACUUCCCUUUUGCCACAAAGAUUUCCAUUCCCGUCCGCUCCUCUGCCCCCCACCUCCCUGAUGUUCCCCGAGCUGAGAGCUUCACCCCUCCUCUCCAGAUCGUCACCGACCGAUCAGGCGGCCGAGACUCCCCAGAGGAACUCGAUGUGGAUGAUUCAGCUCCAGAGCCCAGCUUCAGCCCCCAGUCUAUGGUCUCCUCAAAUGAUGCAGAAGAUGGUGACAACACAAAGCCAGGUGCAUCCAGUAAAACCCCGGUCGGCGUUCUGGUUCAGCUCGCGUCCAACCAAAGCGCAGGACUAUCCGGAGCAACGGGCCAGACGCUGCUACUCACGGACAUGGCUGAUGUGCAGCAGUAUUUCCAGUUCCCGAGCCUGCGCACUACGAGCAGAGUCAGCUGGUGUUUCCUGAAAUACACCAAACCCAACAGCAGCCCGGCCGCUCUGCGAGGGUCGGUCUACAGCUCAUGGUGUGUGAACUCGUACAAUCCCAAUCCUCUGAACCUCAGCACCAAGGCUGCCCUGGCCCUGCUGAGGUCCAAGCAGAGGAGGAACAUAGAUUUUGUUUACACCACAUCAGCCAUGUCUCCACCCAGCUCUGGAAAACUGGUGUCGUCUGUGUCCUGGAAGCUGAGGUUUGAUCAGUUGAAACCAGAGCUGAUGCCCGUUGAUGUCUGUAACUUUGGGAGGAAAAUGAAAGGAGUGGUGUCGUGGGACCGAUCGAAGGAGGAGCAGGUGGAGAAGGAGGUCUCCGCCAAACAGUCCGCCGGAGAACCCUCCCGCAUCAAGAUCUUCGAAGGCGGCUACAAAUCCAACGAGGACUAUGUGUACGUCCGUGGUCGCGGCCGAGGGAAGUACAUCUGUGAGGAAUGUGGAAUCCGCUGCAAGAAGCCGAGCAUGUUGAAGAAACACAUCCGCACGCACACGGACGUCCGACCCUACGUCUGCAAGUUCUGCAACUUCGCCUUCAAGACCAAAGGAAACCUGACGAAGCACAUGAAGUCAAAGGCUCAUAUGAAAAAGUGUCUGGAGUUGGGAGUGUCCAUGUCGUCGGUUGAGGACGCAGAGGCAGACGAUGGAGAUGGCGGAGAUGAAGGUCAGAGGUCAGAGAAGGUUUCCCGCGGCGUGAUGGCCGACCACCAGUUCUCCGAUGCAGACGACUCUGACGGCGGCGAGGAUGACGGCGAUGACGAUGAAGACGAUGAAGAGGACGACUACGAUGGCGACUCGACUCCAAAGACUCGUUCCCGCUCCACCAGCCCGACGCCGUACGGCCUCCCCGCCAUGUCCAUCAGCGCCAUGGCCGCCUCCCACCCGUCUCCUCACCUGUCUCAUCACUCCGACCUCCUGGGACACGCCAACAAGCCGCCGCUGUUUGGAUACUUCACCACCGUGCCGAGCAUCCAGAUCACAUCGCAGGCUCCGCCCAGCGACCUGGCGGCGAGGGAGCGUGGUCACGAGUACCAUCACGGCCUGCAGAGGGCGCUGGGGAGCCGGCUGCUGGCUCCACCCGGCUCCUCCAUGGAUGAAGACUUGUCCUUCCACUCCCCGGACCCCCCCUCCUCCUCCUCCUCCCGCCUCUCCUCCCCCGGGCUGGACCACUCCGGCUGCCCCUCCCCCAUCUCCCCUUCCUCCUCGCCCUCCGCCCGCCGCUACCUCUCGCCACGCCGCGACCUCUCGCCCCGGCCCAGACACCUCUCGCCCCGGAGGGACGUCUCCCCCCUGAGACACAUCUCCCCCAAGAGAGACCACGGGGCGGCGGGGGGGUACCGGAGGGACCUGUCCCCCAGGAGGACACACCUCUCACUGCUCUCCCCUCUGUCCCGACCCACGUCUCCGGCAGGAAGAGACUACAAGCGUGACCUCUCACCACGAGGUCGCCACCGGGGGGGGCUCCGGCCUCUGUCCCCUCGCCGUGGACUCCACCCGCAGCUCCACCCCCCAAGCCAGCAGGGCGGCGCCAGGAGCCUGAGGCCGGCGGGUCAGGGGGAGUUCUCUUCUCUGGGGCGUCGCAGGAGCAGCUCGGAGAUGGAGACGGAACUUCGUCCAGACUCACCGUCACUGGGGGAGCAGCGGCAGGCCGGUAACCACGGCAACCAGUCCAGCCCGCCUCACCAAGUCCUGUUCAGUCACCUUCCUCUUCAUUCUCAACUCCAGGUGCGCUCUCCCUACCCGAUGACCCCCAUCGGAGGGAUCCAGAUGGUUCGCUCCGUCCACGCCUCCGUCUCCGUCCCUCUCGCCCAGCAGGGGGCGCCGCGCCUGGCGGUGCAGAAGAGCACGUCAGAGGACUCCACCCCCGGCGAGGCUGCCCCCCCACAUUUCAUCUCCUUCAUGGAGAGGGGAGGAGGGGGGGGGGAGUGGGUGAGGGAGUCGUCGGGACCUCACCCGUCCUCGCAGGGGAGGGACGGCGGGGGGGUGAGGCCGGAGCAGGAGGAGGGCGUGCUGACGUGCACCAACGCCAUCGCCUCGCUCUGCAUCGACGCCGAGGAGCCGGCGGACAGAGGCCUGAGGGGGGGUGAAGGUAAAGAUGGAGGCGGAGCUCCUCCCUCCUCCCCCUCCUCCUCCUCCUCCCCUGACUCCCUCCAUCAGCAGCGCCGCUCGCCCUCCGUCUCCAGGUCGCCGCCCUCUCCUCACCCCUCGCCCUCGCCCCCGGGGACUCAGCACUUUAGCGGCCUGGAGCUCAGGCCCGCCCACCCGCCAGGCCCCUCCUCCCCCCGAUCCUCCACCUCCUCUCCUCACCCUCACAGCCCCGCGGGCGACGCCCUCCAGCCUCCGACGGCGUCCAGACCUCCGAGGGCGGAGCGAGACGGAGAGGAGGAAAGCACAAAGAGGAGCAGAGACGUGUCAUAGAGCGGGAGAGGAAGAAGGAGAGGAGGA